AGCUUCCGGUUUCAGUGCUGCCCCAUGCUAUUUCGGUUAGAACUGUUAUUGGCGGUGGAUCUGUAUUGAUUCUGUGGAACGUGAUCGGAAAAGAUGGUCACUGUUGAACAGCUAUAUAAAGAUUUCGGUGUGCUACAGGAUGCAUCAAAUAAAUCUGAGCAUGAAGAACAGUAUCUGUCAAUCCUAAGUGCAGUUAAAAGUGGUGCUAGUGAGAAACGGCUGGCAUCACAGUUCAUCGCCCGGUUCUUUAAACACUUCCCACAGUUGAGCCAGGAAUCAUUCAAUGCUCUUUUUGAAUUGUGUGAAGAUGAUGACAUUACAAUCCGGAAGCAGGCAAUUAAAGAUCUUCCAGCGUUGUGCCGAGUUACACCUGAAUUUGUGUCCAAAAUAGUUGUGGCUCUUAUUCAGUUGCUGCAACAUUUUACUGACAGUUCUGAGCUGAGCCUAAUCCAGUCGUCCCUCACCACAUUGUUCAGCAUCAAUGCUUCAGGUACAUUGAAAGGUCUUUUUAGUAUGAUUCUUGGAGAAAAUGACUGUCUACGGGAUCUGGCUCUUAAAUUCUUAACAAAUAAAGUAAAAGUAUUACCUGAGGAUACUUUAGGGAAAGAAGAUGAAGAUCUCAUUGUAGGAGAGUGCAGAAAGGUGCUAAUGGAUGUAACCUGCAUGGAAUUUAUUGCCAUUAUGAACAUGUUAAAGGGCCUAAAAUCAAUGAGUACAGUAACUGGCCGUCAACAAUUGGUGGAUAUUAUUAUCAUGCAAGCAGAACUGGACCAAAAAUUUAAUCCUGAAGACCCUGAUUGUGCUGACAGAUUGAUGCAGUGUGUCAAGCAAAGUUUACCUCUUUUCUCUAAAAAUGUCCAUUCCAAAGUAUUUGUCAGCUACAUAUGUGAUCAUGUAAUACUAGAUCUCUCUAAUUUGAUAAAUAUUGAUGGAAACAUCAAUGUACAACUUGAAAUGCUGAAGCUCUUUGCAGAGAUUUCAGAAUUUGCUGGAGAAUUGGAUGAUGUUGAAGAAAAAGUGGAACGAAUUUAUGAAAAACUAAUUGAAUAUAUGCCAUUACCACCAUCAGAAGAGAAUGAUGAUACAUCUGGAGAAUCGUCAUCUGAAGAACACAAAUUACAGUUUUCUUAUGUUGAAUGUUUAAUGUUUACAUUCCACCAGCUAGGCCGUAAAUGUCCGUCUUUUCUCUCAGAUGAAAACAAUGCUGACAGACUAAAGGAUUUCAGAGUGAGAUUACAAUAUUUUGCACGUGGAGUGCAAGUGUAUAUUAAACAACUGAGGACUGCACUACAUGGGAAAACAGGAGAUGCACUAAAAACUGAUGAGAACAAAAUCAAGGUCAUUGCUCUAAAAAUAACUUCUAAUAUCAAUAUUUUAAUAAAAGACUUGCUUCAUAAUCCUCCAGUAUACAAAUCAGUGGUCAACUUAUCUUGGAAACCUAUUCAUAUUCCCAGUAAAAGCCCUCCUGCAAGCAUAGGUAUAAAACGCACCAGCAAUGAAGGCUUUGAUUACAACACGAAUCGUAAGUCUCCCAAACAAGACAGAGCCUUAUAUGCUCCUCCUGGUGGUAAAUACAGCCAAAAAGCAGGAACAUUUCCUCAAGUAAACCGUGGUGGCUGGCAGCAACAGAGAGGUGGUUUUGGAGGUUUUAACCGUGGCAAUCGAGGUCGAGGUGGUAUUGGCGGCAGUGGUGUCUUAGAGCGAACUUCGAAUUUCAGGCAUCUAGGGUUUAUCAAAUUUACACCAGUAAGAUUCUGGAAGAUUUUCACUCCAGCCAUAUUGUAA